AGGGGUAGAGGGAGACAGAGAGAGGGGGGAACAAGGGGUAGAGAGAAAGGGAAGGACAACAGUUGAAUGUUGACAGAGGGAGUGAGGAUAUUAAUUGGGAGAUAAACAAAAAGGAGGAGAGAGAGAGGGGAGAAAGUGUAGAGAAAAACGAAUAGAUUCACAUUGACAGAAUGGACUGGACUUCAAUGAAGCACUGACAUCAGCAAAAUAAAGGGGGAGAGAAAGAGAGGUCACUGCAGUAGGUACUGUGCACUGUAGUUCCUUAAGAUUACUAUGCAACAGGAGAGUUAGGACACGCAAAGACAGACAGACGUUCACUACACGAUUGAACCAUGUUGAUGAAGGAGUAUAGAAUAUGCAUGCCACUAACUGUGGAAGAGUAUAAGAUUGGGCAGCUGUACAUGAUCAGUAAACACAGUAAUGAGCAAAGCGGAGGAGGGGAGGGAGUGGAGGUGGUGAGGAACCAACCAGACACACAUCCCCAACAUGGCCUGGGACAGCUCACUGAGAAACGCAUCUACCUCAAUAGUAAACUGCCAUCCUGGGUGAGUGUGUUUGUCCCCAGGGUCUUCUAUGUGACAGAGAAGGCCUGGAACUUCUACCCUUACACCAUCACAGAGUACUCGGUCUCCUUCCUUCCCAAGUUCAGUAUCCGUAUUGAAACCAGGUUUGAGAACAACAAUGGUGACAACAAUAAUGUAUUUGGAGACAAGCCCACCCCUGCAGAGAGCGUGAGCCACCUGGAUAUCCUCAUUGACCCCAUCCCUGACAAACACUACAAGGAGACAGAGGCCCUGAGUCGCUGGGUGUCUGAGAAGACGGGCCGAGGCCCCCUGGUGGAAGGGUGGCGUAAGGACAGCACCCCCAUCAUGUGCUCCUAUAAGAGGGUGCAGUGCAGUUUCGAAGUCUAUGGCUUCCAGGGCAAGACUGAGUACUUCAUACACAGGAACAUCCAGGACAUCCUGCUGGUGGGGCACAGACAGGCUGUGGCCUGGAUAGACGAAUGGCACGGGAUGAGUUUGGAGGAUGUGAGAGAGUAUGAGCGACAGAUACAGGAACAGACCAACUGCAAACUCAAAUCAACCCAGAACAACAACACAGCCCCUCGUCCGGCGUACUCGCGCUCUAUGUCCGUCACAGAUGAGCGCUCUCUGAAGAAGAUGGGAGUGAAGACUAUGGCCAUGUCAGACCCCUCCACCUCCACACUGCCUCAUAGUACUGUCCGCCUUAACUCCACCCCCGAGUAACACACGUUCAUACUGAUGCAUCAAUUCCUGCCUGCUUAAACCCCUCCGUGACAGUAACUACACUGCAGCAGUUCCUUUUUGUUUUACGGCCAUCCACCACAGACACAUUUAACCAGUAAAGCUACACUGUCCACAGAAGCAGCACUUAGACCACUCAGGUCCUACCCCUUUCUCCAGCUGUAACUAUAUAACCCAACCCCCUGUCCUACCCCUUUCUCCAGCUGUAACUAUAUAACCCAACCCCCUGUCCUACCCCUUUCUCCAGCUGUAA